GGAUGCCGCCUGCACCUUUUUGUGUUGAGGCCGAAGCGCCAUAUUACGCUCGUUAGUACCUGAGGGGGCCGUUUGUGGGGCCGUUCUCGUACAUUAAAAUGUCUAAAAGACACAGAAUAGAUGUAGGCGAUUCCCCGGUAACCAAGAAAAGAGAUCGGGACUUCGACAAAGAUUAUGAUCGAGAUGAUCGGAGCAAAGAGAAAAUUGACAACUGCCAUAAUUUGCAGACCGUGCCAGUGUCGCAGCAGCUGAAUGCUCUGACUGGGCUUCCCUACUCCAACCGUUACUAUGAGCUAUUCCGCAAACGCAUAGCACUUCCAGUAUGGGAGUAUCGGGACAAGUUCUUUGAAUACCUCAAUAACCAUCAGAUUCUUGUAUUGGUUGGUGAGACGGGAUCUGGCAAAACAACACAGAUUCCACAGUGGUGUGUGGAGCUUCUGCGCCAGAAGGGAGGUCGCCGUGGUGUAGCAUGUACACAGCCACGGAGGGUAGCAGCUAUGAGUGUUGCUGCACGAGUGGCAGAAGAAAUGGAUGUGGCUAUUGGCCAGGAAGUUGGUUAUAGCAUUCGUUUUGAGGACUGCUCUUCUCCAAAGACAUUGCUGAAGUACAUGACCGAUGGUAUGCUGCUAAGAGAAGCCAUGAGUGACCCACUGCUUGAAGCCUAUGGUGUUGUGCUCUUGGAUGAAGCCCACGAACGUACUUUGGCUACAGACAUCCUCAUGGGGGUACUAAAGCAGGUCGUCACCCAGCGUCCAGACCUCAAGAUUGUUGUUAUGAGUGCCACUCUUGAUGCCGGUAAAUUUCAGAACUAUUUUGACAAUGCACCAUUGAUGAGUGUACCUGGUCGGACGCAUCCUGUGGAGAUAUUCUAUACACCGGAACCUGAACGAGACUACCUUGAAGCAGCCAUUAGAACUGUCAUUCAGAUUCAUAUGUGUGAGGAAAUUGAAGGUGACAUUCUGCUAUUUCUGACAGGCCAAGAGGAAAUUGAAGAGGCGUGUAAACGACUGAAAAGGGAAAUUGAUAAUUUAGGGCCAGAUGUUGGAGAAAUGAAGUGCAUUCCUCUCUACUCAUCAUUGCCACCAAAUCUGCAACAGCGUAUCUUUGAGCCGCCACCACCUGCCAAGGCAAAUGGGGCCAUUGGCCGAAAAGUGGUUGUGUCAACAAAUAUUGCUGAAACAUCCUUGACCAUCGAUGGCGUGGUCUUCGUGAUUGACCCUGGUUUUGCCAAGCAAAAGGUGUACAAUCCUCGCAUCCGGGUUGAGUCUCUACUGGUGUCACCCAUAAGCAAGGCCAGCUCACAGCAGCGAGCAGGUCGUGCUGGCCGCACAAGGCCAGGCAAAUGCUUUAGACUGUAUACAGAGAAGGCAUACAAGACGGAGAUGCAGGACCAGACAUAUCCCGAGAUUCUUCGGUCAAACCUUGGCUCAGUUGUUCUCCAGUUAAAGAAGUUGGGCAUUGAUGACUUGGUGCACUUCGAUUUCAUGGAUCCUCCAGCUCCAGAAACAUUGAUGCGUGCACUUGAGCUCCUGAACUACCUACAGUCCCUGGAUGACAAUGGUGAACUGACCGAAUUGGGAUCCAUAAUGGCCGAGUUCCCCCUGGACCCUCAACUUGCCAAAAUGCUGAUCACAUCGUGCGAAUACAAUUGUUCCAAUGAAGCCCUCUCCAUCACAGCCAUGUUAUCAGGGCACAUUGUGCAUCACGUCAGGAGUGUUCCAUGCAGAGCAUGCCGGGAUCAUGCAGGCAGCAACGAGAGCGUCGAGGACUCGAUCGUGAGCAGAUCCGAAGAGCUGGUGCAGCUGACAUUGUCACCCGAAGGUCCGGCGCGGUCACGAUUCAGCCGAGCCUCUGCUCUUCGCUCCCAGCGGUGCUUUGUCCGCCCCAACGAGGCCAAGAAGGCUGCUGACGAGUCCAAGAUGCGAUUUGCCCACAUUGACGGGGACCACCUGACCUUGCUGAAUGUGUACCACGCUUUCAAGCAGAACCAUGAAGACACACAGUGGUGUUACGACAACUUCAUCAACUACCGUUCUAUGAAGAGUGCAGACAAUGUGCGACAGCAGCUCUCAAGAAUUAUGGACCGCUUCAACCUUCGCCGAACAUCUACAGAGUUUACUAGCAAAGACUACUACAUCAAUAUUCGCAAGACUCUUGUGUCCGGCUUCUUUAUGCAGGUGGCCCACUUGGAAAGGACUGGCCACUAUUUGACAAUCAAGGACAACCAGGUUGUGCAGCUCCACCCAUCAACUUGUCUGGAUCACAAGCCUGAGUGGGUGGUGUAUAAUGAGUUUGUCCUCACCACCAAGAAUUACAUUCGUACAGUCACAGACAUCAAACCUGAAUGGUUGAUCAAGAUUGCACCCAACUACUAUGACAUGUCGAAUUUUCCCCAGUGCGAAGCAAAACGCCAAUUGGAAAUACUCAUUGCCAAAAUGGAGACCCGGCAAUACCAGGAAGGCUUCUGAAGCGUUCAGUUCACAGCUGGCAUCUGUACAAAAUGAUUAUUCAUGGCUGUCUCUCUUUCUCUGUCUCUCUCCCUUUUUCUUUUUUUUUUUUCUUUUUUCAUAGUUCAUGGAAUCAUGUUUUCUAACUUGUUUUACCAGCAUUCUGGCAAUUUCUGUGAGUCUGUUGCAGAACCCUUGCUUGUCUCGAACGUUACCUGUGUAUUGCUUUUAGUAAACAUGGCUUUCACAGGGGUCA